AAUUUACAUUAAUUGUGUUCAUCUGUGCACUCUUUCCAACUCCAAUUUGAAGCAUCUUCUUCUUCAGUUCCCACCAUUGUCAGUCAGUGAAGAAGGAAUGAGAUGGGUAACACCAAUCUUGUUCAACUCCUGCUUCUACUUCUUCUAACUCUUCACUCUUCCUUCGCCGAGGUUUUUUUUGAAGAGAGAUUCGAAGAUGGAUGGAAGAGCCGUUGGGUUUUGUCAGAUUGGAAAAGAAGUGAAGGAAAGGCGGGUACUUUUAAGUACACGGCAGGAAAAUGGCCUGGAGAUCCUGAUGAUAAAGGUCUACAGACAUAUAAUGACGCAAAACAUUUUUCCAUAUCUGCAAAGAUUCCAGAGUUAAGCAAUAAGAACAAGACCCUGGUGGUCCAGUAUUCUAUUAGAUUUGAGCAGGACAUCGAGUGUGGUGGUGGUUACAUCAAACUUCUUUCUGGUUAUGUUAAUCAGAAAAAGUUUGGUGGUGAUACGCCUUAUAGUUUCAUGUUUGGACCAGACAUAUGUGGCACACAGACUAAGAAGCUCCAUGUUAUACUGUCCUACCAGGGCCAGAAUUAUCCUAUCAGAAAAGAUUUGCAAUGUGAAACAGACAAAUUAACUCAUUUCUAUACAUUUAUACUAAGGCCUGAUGCUACUUAUAGUGUCCUUGUUGAUAAUCGAGAAAGAGAUUCUGGAAGCAUGUACACAGAUUGGGACAUCCUUCCUCCAAGGAAAAUCAAAGAUGUCAAAGCAAAAAAGCCAGCAGACUGGGAUGAUAGAGAGUACAUUGAAGACCCUAAUGCUGUCAAACCAGAGGGAUAUGAUUCAAUUCCAGCUGAAAUUCCUGAUCCAAAAGCCAAGAAGCCUAUUGACUGGGAUGAUGAAGAUGAUGGACUUUGGAAGGCCCCCAAAAUUCCUAAUCCAGCAUACAAAGGACCGUGGAAACGCAAGAAAGUCAAGAACCCCAACUACAAGGGAAAGUGGAAAACUCCAUGGAUUGAUAACCCAGAAUUUGAAGACGACCCUGAUCUUUAUGUGCUGAGACCAAUAAAGUAUGUGGGCAUUGAAGUGUGGCAGGUGAAGGCCGGUUCAAUUUAUGACAAUAUCUUAAUUUGUGAUGACCCACAGUAUGCAAAGCAAAUUGUGGAAGAAUAUAUGGUUAAUUAUAGAGAGGCUGAAAAAGAAGCUUUCGAAGAAGCAGAAAAAGAAAGAAAGGCUCGGGAAGAAGAGGAGGCCCAGAGAGCAAGAGAAGAGGGUGAAAAGAGGAGGAGAGAGAGGGAUCAUAAAUACGGAGAUAGGAGGCGCCGUAGAAGGCCGGAUCCCCACGAUUACAUGGAUGAUUACCAUGAUGAACUCUGAAAUGUGCACCGUGCGGGUAGUUGGGGUGCUGCAUCAUAAUUACAGCAAUCUUCAAUGCCACCUUCCAAGUUUGAAAUAUUUUCGAGUGUUGUGACCAAAAGCUGCAUCUACACUGACCAUACCAACUUGUACAACAUGAUUAGAUAUGUGUAUGACUUAUGUUUGAGCGUCAUCCAUUAUCUUCUUUUCUUUUGGAUUGUUCAUUGCAGCUGUGACUGCACUCAAAGCAUGGAACUAAAACUUUCUCUAUAUCUGUGCCCAAAAGAAAAGAAAUUAUCCAUAUUUUUUUUUUCUUUUUGGUACUUUCUCAUGAUUGAAAAUUCUUCUAUAA